AGAAAUAAAAACAUAGAUCCUUCUUGUUCAGCUGUUGCUCCUUUUUCCCUGCUCCCUGUAGUGUAGAGCGAGGAGGAGGAUGAGUUCUUCUCCGCCUCGUUCUCGUGGCGACGGCGAGAAAAGACCCAGGUUUUUCGACUCAAACGCCAAGACCCUCUGUUGGUCCAAGGCUGAUAUUGUCCCCGGCCGUCACCCUGAGAGGUGGCGCAAAGACGCCGCGGGUAACAUUGUCUGCAAACGUUUCUACAACUGCAUCGGCUGCCUCUGCUACGAGUACGAUCACAUCAUCCCCUUCUCCAAAGGUGGUGAGUCCACAGCAGAUUGUCAAAUACUUCAAUCAAAGAGGUAUACAGGACUCAAAUCGGACAAAUAUGGACAUUGAUCUAAUCAAUUGAAAGACUACUCUUGUGAGGUUAAUUUUACUGAUAAGGAGCUUGAUAUAAUUGAGAUGGCUGUUUACGGGGAUGUGGUGCGGCCUGGAAAUCAGUGUCGUUGCAGAACUAUUGCUGAGAAACUUGGCAAAUUUAAACCAAAAGAUGACAAAGAUGCUUGUAAGUUGCCACAGGGAUGAAUCUUAACUGUAGCCAGCGACUAUACAACAUAAAUAAUGUAUUGAAAACAGAAGCUCAUGCCAAAUAAGUUUUAGACAAAAAACAAUUGUUUCACUUUAUAUCAUACCAUUUGGUCUAGCGUUAGGAUUGACAUCUAGACCUAGUUGUUAACAAUAAUUCUAGGUUUCUGACUUCUUUAAAGUAACCUCUAAAGUAAUAGGGAAAAAAAUAUAUUAUCAA